AUGACUGCGAUGGUAAGAAUCAGUCUUGUUUGUUUGCUAGCUAGCUGCUAGCUCUGGUCCCUAGGUCGGUAGGACUAGCUGCCACAAGUUUUCAAAUGAGAUAAGUUUUUAGCUAGCUUUCCACGUAGCUAACAGUGUUAGCCAGCCAUGUAGUUGGCGAGAUGUAACUUACAUCUAGCACUUUCUUAGUUGACUAUGUUACAUUUGAAUAUGUAUCUUUCUUUUCGGCAGACUUGCAAGUGGAAUGGAUUAUUUAACGUUGGGGAUGACUUCGAUGAUGAGGUGCUGCAAACUGAUUGACACAUCCUACCUGAUUGCUAUGAUUUAGUCAAUGGUUUACCACCUGCUGUUUAAGAGAGAUAUGACAGAUUAUAGCCCUCUGUAUAAAUCCUCAGAUUGAUAUCACAAGUAAUGUAGAGUACUGUUGUGAAACCAUUUAGUCUCUGAACACCUCUGGCUUUUUUUUGAAUACGAGUUAUACAAUAAUGUCCUCCUUUGCUAUUGCGUGUGUGUAUGUAUGUGUUCAUUAGGAUCUACUUGAGAUAAACUGGUCCGUUCCAUCCGUGUCUGCUAGCACAGUGUCCUCUGCAGCACAGUCCUGUUUCCUCCGUUCUUCAACUGCAGCCUCAACUCCUGCUGCUCCCUAUGGCCAGAAAAACUCACACCAACCAUCCACAGAAGGCAUACCUGCCCAUAGGGGCCUGUUGAAUGGCCCAGGGUCAGAAAACACAACACCGACCACUGUAGGACAGUGUGCUGCUUUGGGUUUGAGACGGCUCUCUACAUCUAAACCACUGCCCACAUUCCCUCCUCCCCCUCUCCACCUUCCUACUCUGAGUAGGGGACCAUGUACAGUUCCCCAACAGAGCUCAGCACCAGCUCAACAGAUUCAUUCAAAAACUACAGGACAGCAAGAGGCCCCCUUGCCGCAGGAUGACUUUGAUGAUUGGGAUGUUGACUUGGCAGACCUGGAUGAAAGUGAUCCACAGAUGAGGACUUGGGCUCAGGUCCGAGAAACCGCUCCAGCUGCAGCCCCAUAUCUAACCAAGCCCAGCGAUGACUCUGUAUCCCCAGCCAAAAGACUACGGCCCUCAGCCUGUGGUGGGGCUCAAACUGGGCCCAAUGUGGGUCUGAGAGGAUUCAGUACCUCAAACCAAAUGUCUGGUCUUCCCAGUAGUAAUAUACCCCACAGGUCCUCAUUCCCUGGCCCUGGUCUAAGUGCUGCUUUCCUCCCAGCUCCACCCCAGAGCCCAGUGUUUCCUGGCCUGACCAUGGCCUCCUCCCCCUUCUCCAGCCCCUUCCCCAGGUCUGUGACACCCAGGCCAGUCAGAGGGCCUCCUUCCCAGAUACAGAGGCCCUGGGCUACUCCUCUGGCUCAGGGAUGUAGCCUGUUUGACCCCAUCUCCCCAGCCCCCUCUAGUAGGUUUGGCGGACCCAUGCCCUCCCCCAGUCUCACCCCCCGUUCCCUCCACACGCCCGUCUUCACUAACCACCUGGUCCAGCUGGUGUCCAACUCCAACAAGACCCCCCAGAGACCCCGUUCUGACCACACCCGGCCCAAUACCCGCCGCUUCCCCGGCCCUGCAGGAAUGCUGCCACAACAGGCUUUUCUGGCCUCUGUCCCUACCUGCCUCUAUCUGUUUGCUAUUUGUAGUCUAACUAAUCUCAGCAGUCAGCAAUGUGCUUGGUUGUGAUACUAAGCUACUGCGGGGUUCCAUUCUCUCUCCUUAAAGCAGCUCCACGGGCAGAGCCUGGAUGACAUUGUGGUGGCCAUUCCUCAGACACCUGCACAUGGGGCCGUGGCUCGACUGCCCAGUCAGGUACUAUUACAUUUUAGUCAUUUAGCAGACGCUCUUAUCCAGAGCCACUUACAGUUAGUGAGUGCAUACAUUUUUCAUACUGACCCCCCAUGAGAAACGAACCCACAACCCUGGCGUUGCAAGCGCCAUGCUCAGAGCCUUACAGUUAGUCACACUGAUGUGUAGCCUAUACAUUUACAGAAUGUAUUAUGUGUCAUGAUAUUAAUUAACCUUUUUAUCCAUUAUGUCAUGUUGCUUUAUGAACAUGUGUUGUAAUGUGUCUGAGUUUGUGUGUAAAAAAUAACUUGUGUCCAGGUUCCCAGCUCUCAGACUGAGGAAGAGGAUUUCAGUGGAGGUCCGUGGGCAGCGAUGAAGGCGGAGAUGGGAUUGGACGAAAGGAACACCUCCUGUUUUCUGCACUCUUACAGCGUGGCCAUGGUACUCCGCAAGGUGACCAGCACAUUUAGCGUUAUCCACUUUACACAGCCUAUGGUAGAGUAAAUGGCAUGAAAGGUGACUGAAAGGCUAACGGUGUUCAGGCUGUGCGUGGCCAUGUACCCUUCAGCAAUAUGCAUAAUUUAACAUUGCAUAUUUAAUGUUAGAAGCUUUACAUGCCAUAAUCAUCUGUGAAAAAAAUUACACUUGCGAAACACAUUUGCAUAAUUUGACUUCAUGAGCAUGUUUUUUUUGCACCCAGGACAGUCUCCCUGAUUGAAUUUUCUGGGGUGUUUUUUUCUAUGUUAAUGGCCCUUGUCUCUGUGGUGGCGGUCUAUCAGGAUAAUCAGGACAAAUGACUGGGGUGUUAGUAGUUAUUAUCCCAAACAUCAUCACGCAUUAAUCAUCCUAAUGGUUAUUCUGUUGUUUUUCCACCGUCUUAAUGUGCCGCCGCUAAUGGCAACUCUGCAUAAGUAAUUUAACUGUUUAAUUAAUGAAAGUUGAUGAUUAGCAGUUUGAACUUGUUUUGUAGUGCUCUAAUAUGAAGGUCUGUGCCCCGUCACCUCUCUCUCUCCACCUGUCUCGAUCUCCUUCCCUCUCCAUCUCUUCGUCUCCCUCCCCCUCAGGCGGCCCUGAAACAGCUGGCGAAGAACAAGGUCCCCAACAUGGCUGUGGUACUAAAGAGCAUCCUCCACACACACGCUGAUGCCAAGGCUGUGUUCGGGGAUCCCACAGGUAAGGCCUACUGGGGGUACGGUUGUGUUUGUAGGUAGAACUAGUCACACAGCCAUUGUAGUGAGUGUGUAUGUGGCUGGCGGUUUGUGUGUGUGUGUACACCACUGAGAAUUCACCUGAAUUAGCUUCCUACAGCAGGGGGUGAAAGUUCAGCCAGUGUGCUAUGCCUGAUUACACACACCUCGAUUCAGUAGAAGACAUCUGGUUUGUUCCCUUGUCCCUAGGGCCCUCUUUCUUCCAUUUUUCUGUCUAUUUUUCGCUCUCAUUUUCUUGCAGUUCCUCUAUUUCUCCCUGAGUAUUGCUUGAACCUAGUAGGUCAUCAUGGCCUCAGGAGAGCCAGUGUGAGGACUCCUGAGCAGUUCUAUUAAAGUAGAUACUUAACCUUAGUGUUAAGUGCUUAUUAGUGAUUCUAUCAUCAUGGAUCAGCAUCAAAUGAACGGGUAUUAGCCACAUGCUGAUCACCACAGAUUAUUCCGUCUCAAACAUCUGUGCAUUUCCCUCCUGAAGUGUGGCCCAUGGUGCUACCUGUCAACUGAUUACUACACUAUCUGUAUUGUCAUUAGUAGGAAUGUUGUGAUCAGUGUGCUCCAUGUGGUAUCAAUCAAUCAAUCAUAUUUAUUUUAUAAAGCCAUUUUUACAUCUGCAGUUGUCAGAGUGCUAUACAGAUACCAAGCCUAAAACCCCAAAGAACAAGCAAUGCAGAUGCAGAAGCACAGUGGCUAGGUAUGUUGUUUUGCUCUGACUGCACCAGUAGAGCACUGUAGUAAUACUGUGUCUGACUGACUGUAGGAGAGAUGCAGGGCACAGUGCACCGGCGCCUCCUAGAGGACAGACUAGGGGAGCUCAAGACGGGGGCUGUACUGCUGCUCAAACAGGUAGGAUUCAGUUCCACAGGCCACACACACCACUAUUUACUAGUGUUUCAUUGCAAACCAUUUGUCUGAUUUUUCAAAAUGAUUGAGCCAGUCACAAUAAAACCACAAAAACAAAUUCCAGUUGUGUGUGUAAAUGUGAUCAGUUUUUCACCAUGUUAGCUGUAGACCCAUAAUUCGUUUUCUUUUCAUGAAGGUGGGUGUGUUCUCUCCGUCCCAUCGUAACCACUACCUGAACGUGACGCCCAACAACCUCCUGAGGAUCUACCCCCCCCGACGGCUCCACCCUGUCCUCCACACAGACCCAGCUGCUCCCACCUGACCUGGUGAGAGACCACUACCAAGGCCUGGAGGAUAUCUUGUUGUUAUCCUAGGCUGCUGGGAGUUUGAUGUAACAAUGACAAAUCAUUAAUGAGAGAAACUUGGUGUCUUGACAGAUGUUUUGUAUAUGUUCGUCUAACUCUACUGUUGAAUGUAGGAGCCUCUGUUGGCAUCACCUGAUCAGUCCUCCAGUGUUCCAGGAGCCCUUGUGUCUCAGAUGGAGUUGUUCUAUGAUGAUGAUGAUGAAGAGGAGGUGAUUGGGGCCCCAAAGGACUCAGCAGACUCUGGAGCUGACUCCACUAGUGAUCCCCAGGGCCCCCCUGCUGCUGCACCACAGGAUCCGUCCUGGGACGCAGGUGUGACUUGGAUAUGCAUAGGAGUGUAUGUUCUUGGUAAACCAAUCAGCAGCUCCACCCUGUGUGUUUGAUUGAAUUUGUCUGUCUGUGUUGUGCAGAUGGCCUUGAUGAGCUUCUUGGGGAGUUGCCUGUUGAGUCCUACUGCCUCUGACACCUGCCCACCUACCCCAUACGGAUAAGGUACAUUUAUAUAGGGGAGAUGCUGGACAACUACACCGUCACUUACAUGUGAAUUUGAGUUUGGCGCAUUCUGACUGCACGUUGGAUGCCUUUCUACCCGAUUCUCCCAGAGAAUUUUGUUGCCUAAUGUGCUAUCAUUUUGUGUUUGUGCUGUGACCAUUAAUCGCACCGGUAUAAAUGACAUGUCAGCCAUGUGGGGUAAAACUUGGAGGUGCUGGUAACUGGGACUGUCGCUCCCACGUCUCCCCAAUUUGAGUGAAGCUUCACUACCCCUACUGCUGCGGACACAUCCCAUGGACACAGUCAUCCCCCUGUUUGAAGACCUGCUGGCUGAUGUUUCGUCUUUAUUUUUUUUCUUCAUUGAUUUUACUUCACAGUGCAGACUCCUCUAAAUCAUAGCUAACUACUAUGUGCACUAAUGUCUUGUAAAAUAUGUAUAUAUUAAAGAAGACUUCUGUUCAAUAAUACACGUUACACAACUGAAAAUGGUCUCCAUUGAUUUUAUUGUCUCUAAUUUGCUCUAUUUGGAGUGAUUGUAAAUUAGAAUGCAUGAGAAUGCACUUAAUAAUAGGAACAGUAUAUGGAAAAUCAAGAAUUACAAUGAAAUGUCCAUUAAACUCUGGCUUGCUUGAU